AGCUUUUUUUUUUUGUAAAAUGUGUUGGCUGUGAGAAGAGAACAACUAUCGCUUUCUACUCAUUAAGGAAAAAUGGCAAGUUGGUCUGGCAACAUUGAGACGUUAAUGGUCUGUGCUAUUGACUUCGGUACAGCUUACAGUGGCUACGCAUAUUCGUUUCUAGAUGACAAAGAGAAAGUUUUUGUUAACGACGAAUGGGCGUCAAACCAAACUAAAACUCCCACAAGCAUAUUGUUCUUAGCUGACAAAUCGUUCAAAUCGUUUGGGAGAAAUGCAGAAAAUGAUGUUUUUGAUCAGGAAUAUGAAAGUUGUUAUUUCUUCAAACAGUUCAAAAUGCACCUCUAUGACCAGAGAAUAGAAAGAAAUCUGGAGAUACAGGCGCAUAACGGGAAAACAAUGAAAGCAAUUGACGUAUUUAGUGCUUCCAUCAAGUAUCUCAAAGACCACUUUCUACGUCAUAUAAAUGACAGAUACCAGGGUUGUAACAUCAAUAUACAAAAUGUAAGAUGGGUGUUAACCAUUCCAGCAAUUUGGUCAAACUCUGCAAAACAGUUUAUGAGAGAAGCAGCUGCAAAGGCAGGAAUACCAUCUCGAAGUCUACUUAUUGGUUUGGAGCCAGAAUGUGCAUCCAUGCAUUGCCAAAGUGAAGAAGUCAGUAUUAUCCCGAAAGAGAUGUCAUCUCAAAUAGGCAAAAAAUAUCUUGUGCUUGACAAUGGAGGUGGGACCAUCGAUGCUACUCUUCAUCAAAUUAUUGACCAUAAAACAUUAAAGUCACUACACAGGCCAUCUGGUGGAUCAUGGGGUGGCACUGCGGUUAAUAAAUUAUUUGAAAAAUACCUUGAAGAUAUUUUCACAACUGCUGUAGUUAAUAAAAUCAGGAGAGAAUAUUCAGAACACUGGCUGAAAAUUAUGAGAGACUUUGAAGAUAUCAAGAGAAACCUAAAUGUAGACAAGGAAUAUGACACUAUAUUUUUGACUGAUCCUUUCGUUCAAAGUUAUUUUGAAAUUGUUGGUAUCUCUAUUGCGGAAGACGAUAGGGUGAGAGAAAGAGGACGUGGUGCUUUUAUAAGACGUUCAUCUUUGAAAAUACCUGUGCAUGCUAUAAUUGAAUUCAUUAACGAUGUUGCUGAAAAAGUAAAAGAAUAUGUUAAAGAGUUGAUGGUACAAUCUGAUUGCAGUGACAUUGAUUUUAUCAUCAUGGUUGGUGGUUUCUCAAAUUCCGGAAUACUUCGGCAAGCAAUAAAAGAUUUGCAGAUUACUGAUGUUUAUGCACCGAAAGAUGCAGAAACUGCUGUAGUUAAAGGUGCUGUGUUAUUUGGAUGGAAUCCAGAAUGCAUCCAAACACGAAGGAGUGCAAAAACGUACGGGAUUUGUACAUCGUCUGUGUUUCAAGAAAAUGUGCAUCCGCCAAAAUUUAAAUACACUGAUAGUGAAGGUAAAGUGUGGUGUGACGAGGUUUUUUGCCCAAUAGUAACAAUAAACCAAGAAUUACACUACGGCGAAAAAAUUAAUUUAAAUUACUUGCCAGUAACAAAGCAACAAACAUCCGCAAGUUUAAGAUUUUACGCUAGCGAUGAAAAGAAAGUAGACUACUGUACAGACAAAGGUUGUGUUCAACUUGGAUGCUUAAAAGUUUUAUUGCCAAAAUAUGAUGGAGUAACUAACAGAAGCAUUAUAUGUAAAUAUGACUUCAGCGAUACGGAAAUCAAUGUUACUGCUCAAGAAAAAACAAGUGGUAAAUACUUUACGACAACAUUGGACUUUUUAACAACAAAUAGUAAACUUGAUGACGUUACAAAAGGCGCUCACAAACAACGAAGAUAGAAAUAUUAUUUUAUGUAUAACGUACUAAAUAUUGAUAGAAUUAAAGAAAUCAGCUGAAAAAUAUGAUGAAUAAAAUUAUUCCGUGCACUUUGUAUAAUUUUUAUAAUGCAAAAAUGUCAGAUUACCAUUAUUGGAUAAGGAAUCUAUCGAAUAAUAUGUGUUAAGUGCUUGUCUGAUUUUUGUGCAAAAUAUUUUACAUCCCAAUGAGAAUUUGCGAUUCAUUGUUUUGUUUGGUGUUGUUUGUUGUGAUAGUUAUUUCAUUUUUUUGGAGGUGGUGGGAGGUUGUUUCUUUUGUUUUUCGUUGUUUUUAGUUUUGUUGUUUUUUUAUGUUUUUUUGCUUUGUUUUGUUCUUCGUUUCUUUUGCUUUGUUUUGUUCUUCGUUUGUUUUGUUUUGUUUUGUUCUUCGUUUGUUUUGUUUUGUUUUUGUUGUUUUUUUAUGUUUUUUUUGCUUUGUUUUGUUCUUCGUUUGUUUUGUUUUGUUGUAAUUUGUUCUUUGUUUUGUGCUUUAUUAUUUUUCAUUUUUUUUUCAUUUUUCGUUUUAGCGUUUUUUUGUAUUUUUUUUAUUAAAGAUAAAUAUAUAAUUCUUUGUUUACUGA